AUGAUCCCUCCAGCGCCCGUGUGGAGAGCGGGAAAGAGGCGCUCGGCCUCAGCAGAGUCUCGCUGCCUGCACGCGGAGUCCUUUCCCUGCCUGAACGCGGCCGCCUCAGCCCGCGCGCCCUGGGAGAGUCCCCGAUCGCUCGAGGACCCGCACCAGAAAGAUGCGGCCGUUGAGCUGGGCGCGUGCCCUCCGCCGCCGCGGCCCCCGCGCUCGCCACAGCCUCGCGCCAAGCGAAGGACGCGGGGGUUUAACGCUCACGGCUCGAGGCCGCGAGUCCGUUGCAGGACCUCCCGCAUUCUCCCGCACUUGCCCACCGCCGCGCCACGGUUUCCCGCGGCGCUCCGGCAUUUCUCGCGUUCCGGCAUUUCUCGCGUUCCCUCGAGUUCUCCCUGUGGAGAGUUCGGAUUGUUUUCUUCCUCUAGGAAAGACCCCGCAGCCUCCCAGCCGCUUCCUUCAGCCGCGCGAUCCGCAGCCCGGCUCCUCCCUGCGGGGGGGGGCGCCGGGCUGGGGCGGGACCCGGUUCCAUCCGCGCUCGGCCCUCGGUCCCCGAGGUGGCCUGGGCGCCACUGCCCCUCGGCGGGGCCGGCACAGAGGUCGUCAGGGCCGGCGGCGUCCGCACCUGAGGGACAGCCGGCGCUGACGCAGAAAAUGAAAGCAUUAGUAGAAAGAAGGAGGAGUAUUCCAUCUCUUCUCCCAGAUAAAGCCGUGCAAGAACAGCCUAGAACCAGCACGGAAAGACCUUCUGCUGCCAUGAAAACCUGUGCAUUUUUGACGGCAUUUGCCUGCUCCAGUAGGACUCUGCUGAUUGACGGCCUGGUGGAGCUCAGAACAGGCGUGCAGAGGCAGGAGCGCCAUAUUUUUUUAUUCGAUGAUAUGCUUGUUGUGGCCAAAAGCAAGCAUAAGAAUAACUUGAAGAUGAAAUACAAGAUUAAAUUAUCUGACAUGUGGACAGCAAGCUGUGUCAAUGAAGUGGGAGAUGGCAAGGGCAGUGCUAUGAAAUCCUUUGUCUUGGGCUGGCCCACUCAGAACUUUGUGGCCACUUUCAGUUCUCCGGAACUAAAGGACACAUGGCUUACACUCCUUCAGAGACACAUCGAUCUCGAGAAACAGAAGGACCACCCGAAGAGCAUUCCCCUCAGAAUCUUUAUCGAGGACAUGGGGAAUUGUGUACAUUACAAAACUAUCAGAGUAAACAACACAGAUAGAACAAAUGAAGUUAUCCACAAGUUAUUGUCAGUGCUAGGGGUAACUGGUUGUGAGGGAGAUUACCAGUUAUGCAUUAGUUCUGGGAAAGAAACAGCACUGUACCCACUAAUUGGCCAUGAAUAUCCCUAUGGGAUUAAAAUGAAGCAUCUGCGAGAUAAUGCAAUCCUGACAGGAGGCUCAAGGGACCCUACCACUGUUUUCAACUCCCAAGAAGCCUUCCUCCUAGAAGAGCUGCCAGGAGAGAGGCAGUGCCAAUUCAUCCUAAAGCCCAGAUUCCUGGCUGCAGCCCAGCAACUGAGAGAUUCACAUUGGAAGACAUCUGAAAAGAGAAGAUGUGUCAUCAAUUCGGCCUGUUGUUGGGGUUCUACCACCGAACAGGACAACUCCCUUGUUUCACUGCCAACAUCUCCUCCUGUGGCAGGAGAGCUCCUUGGACUUUCUUUGGAAAAUACCUCUGAGAAGGACACACAUGAGGUUGUUGAUGCCCCAUGUGUCAAUAUAGGAAAGACAGUUGGCCAGGGAAGCACAAACAUGGCCUCUAUUUUAAAGUUCACUGAUGACAUCCUCAAGCAGCCUGAGGUUGAAGACGUUUUAAACAAAAACGACUGUGACUUGGAUCACUGUAAUGAAGAAGGUGCUCAAAUAGAACAUCCACUUGAGUCCAAACUUUUUGGAGUCUCUCUGAAAACUAUUUGUAAAAAUGGCAAUCUGCCAAAACCUAUCAUGGAUAUUCUUUUGUUCCUGAAUGAAAAAGGCCCUCUGAAGGAAGGCAUCUUCUUUGUACCGGCUGACAUGGAAUACUGCCAACAACUAAAAGAAAAACUUAAUUGUGGAGUACCAGUACAGCUGUACUGGGAAAAUGCCUUUGUGCUGGCAUCUAUCUUAAUGGAUUUUCUGAAAGAAAUUCCUGGAAGUAUUUUGUCAUCCGAUCUUUAUGAUGAGUGGGUCGGUGUCAUGGAUAAUGGAGAGGAUAAAGACAAAAUAAAUAAAAUUCAAAGGCUCUUAGAGAAGCUUCCAAGAGCAAAUGUCGUGCUCUUGAACUAUCUAUUUGCCUUACUAUACAAUAUUGAGAAAAAUUCUGCAUCGAAUCAGAUGGAUUCAUCAAACCUGGCAGCCUGUGUGGCUCCCGCAAUUCUUUGGCCUGCUCCUUCCUGUGGCCCAGAACCAGAAAAUGAAUUGGUUAUGCUGCUCUUUCAAUUUAUGCUAGAGAAAUGCGAAACAGUAUUUGGAGAAGAAAUCAAGUCUCUUUACGGAGAAUUUUCGGGAACAUAUGGCACUAGAGGAAAUACCUCAGGUAUUUCAGAUAUUUCUCGCUUUGAACUGAGUGACUCCUCCUCAGUAGAGAGCCUGGAGUGUGAGCUAAAUGAGGAUGUUUAUGCUCCAUUCCCUGAUUUGGCCAAGGACCCUGGGCACUGGAAGACAAGAAUACAGUCUAUGUUAAUGGACGUUGAGAAUCUUGAGCCAGCCGAGGUGGCAUACCUUUUAUCACUCAAUGACUUCCUCUUGGAGCAUCCUGAAUAGGGAGUUGCUCAAAUGGAUGGGCCUCUUAAAGCCACACCACAUUUUCAUUCUCACAAAUAGUUUUGAGCUUGAGAACACAGGUGUUAUUAUUAUCUCUGUUUUACGGCACGGAGAUUAAGACUCAAAGAGUUACAGUAACUUGUCCAAGGACACUUUAAAAAUGAAUGGCAGAAUGGGGACUCUCGGGCUGGUUUUCUGACUCUGGACCUGCGAUCUCUUGAGGACAAGAGUUGCUGAAAAAGUGGGAGAAGUGCAUCUCCAUGGCUUCAAAUGGAAUUCUGUUGCUUCUAUACCAUAAAGUGCUGUAAGGAGAAGGACUUCUGGCUAGCUCCUGAGGCAGGUCUCUUACAGGCAAAGCAGAGUGCCUCCGGAGAGCAAAGCUACGAUGAGGGCAUCCGACGUGGGAACCUGUGAUAUGCAUGCUAAACUUAAACUAAGGUGAUGGCCAGUGACAUUGCAGUGAGAGGGUUGUGAGUUGGGGUUUUCGAAGGCCUGUCCACAGAGGUUAAGGCCUGUUUUGUUUAUUCCCUGCUCUCCAGGGGCCCUGAUGAUUUGUUUUAAAUCAAAUGGAUUUAAAUGAAUAAGUAACCAGUCAGAAAUAAUGUUUUAAAUCAUUCAAUUUUUAAUUUUUCUUUUUUGGUUAAGAAUAUUGGCUAUACUUUCAAAAAAUAAUUAUCCAACCUGAGAGAAAAGCAUUAUUACAAUCAUUAUUAUAUUUUUUGUUAGUUCACAUGGGAUAGGAGGGGAAGCAAUAGUGUAACUGGCUCCAUAUAGUAUAAAAUGUUUUCUCAAUAAUAUUUUUAGUUUCUUCACAUUUCAAAUGAGUUUUCAGUAUACACAUUGUGGCUGGGGCUGGCAGCUGUUAGUAACCCUGACAGCAAGAUUUUUCUCAACCCUGGUAGCUUAGCAGCCAUAGUCUCAAAAUAGGCAGAAAAUAGGCAGAGAUACAUUCUCUUUUGAGUUUCUUGACCAGGAAUGGUGGAACCUUCUAUGAAGCCUCAGACAUCCUGUUCAUCUGGAGAAGAAAAGGCAACAUCGAACCCCUGCCCUGUGGGUUUGUUUCCCACUUGGGGACUCAUCCAGGAUCCGUUGCUCAUGGAUUGGUGGCCAAGGAGUGGAGACAGACUCUGAAGCCUUCCCAGCAGCUGCCUGGCUGAGUUUCUGCCAGAGCUGUCCAGAGCCUGCUUGACAUACUGUUAACCUCCGAGGAGCAUUGCAUUUUCCUGGAAAAGACUCAAGUAGAAGUUGACUGAUUGCAUGCAGAAGACCCAAAUAACCAUGUGAGAACUAGAGCUGAUUUAGCCAUCCCAACACAUGACCCCAUCUGGAACCCAAGCAAUGGAGAAGAAGGUUCCAGUUUCCAAUAGAUGUGCCCCUUCAUUCCAUAAUGCCAGGAGACAAGGUGUUACUGAAAACCUGGAGAAACCAGCAUCCUGAAGAUCAACUAUAGCCACAGUAGAUCAGCCCAUUUGAGAUACAUUAAUUAAAUGUGCAUUAAGGUGUUGUUUCAAAACAAGCAAAAACGCUCAAGUAAUGGUACUAGAGACUUUCAGUCAUUCACCUAUGACUCGUGAGCACUUUCAGCAACAGGCUAAAAGCUUUCAAUCCUCAUGCCCCAACUACGUCCUACUUCAGCAGAAAACAGCCAGAUUGAUCAAGACCCUGAUUCCCCAAGAUUGAGGAAUGAAUAAAGAAAAGGGGGGAAACAAUAAUCAGCUCCACAAGGAAUGGUGGAACCACCUACAAAGCCUCACACCACUUGUUUGUCCAGAAAAGACAAGAUAAGCGAUACUCCACCACAGACCGUGUCCAAGGACCCACUGAGCGCAAGCACGAGGCUGCAAGAAUGACUAAUAUUAAUCUCCAGAUUAUUAAAAUACUAAUAGGAGUGAUCUAUCUGCCACUCUUUGAUCAUGGGACAUAUGCACUGGCAUGAUUUCUCACUGCACUUGUUUGCCUUGCACUUUGCCCCAAACAAGCAAUGAUGCUCACACCCCUCAUACAUUAUUCAUUUUGCCCGAGAAAAAACCCCUGACCAUGUUGGUCAGGGAGGCAGAUUAGAGGCGGUUUAUAACCUCUCUCUCCCAUUUGAUGUGUCUACUAAAAUAAAUCCUUUCUUCUUUAACAA